AUCGGUCAAGUUUUGCCAGAUGCAACGACAACGGCAUUUGAGUAUGAAGAUGAGGAUGGUGAUCGGAUUACUGUCAGAAGCGAUGAAGAAAUGAAAGCCAUGCUGUCCUAUUAUUACUCCACUGUAAUGGAACAGCAAGUAAAUGGACAAUUAAUAGAGCCUCUACAGAUAUAUCCAAGAGCCUGCAAGCCUCCUGGGAAACGGAACAUACAUGGCCUGAAGGUAAAUACGCGAGCCGGGUCUGCUAAUAAUAGCAGUUCGGCAGUCUCGGAUUCCCUUCCAAGCAAUAGCUUAAAAAAGUCUUCUGCAGAGCUGAAGAAAAUACUUGCAAAUGGCCAGAUGAAUGAACAAGACAUACAGUAUCGAGACAUCCUCGGUCAUGGCAAUGGAGGCACAGUCUACAAGGCAUAUCAUGUCCCUAGUGGAAAAAUACUAGCAGUAAAGGUCAUACCCUUAGAUAUAACACUGGAACUCCAGAAGCAGAUAAUGUCGGAGUUAGAAAUUCUUUAUAAGUGUGACUCAUCAUAUAUCAUAGGAUUUUAUGGUGCUUUUUUUGUAGAAAACCGAAUUUCACUGUGUACAGAGUUCAUGGAUGGGGGUUCUUUGGAUGUUUAUAGAAAAAUUCCAGAACAUGUCCUCGGAAGAAUAGCAGUAGCUGUUGUGAAAGGCCUUACCUAUUUAUGGAGUCUAAAGAUUCUACAUAGAGAUGUGAAGCCCUCCAAUAUGUUGGUGAACACGCGAGGCCAGGUGAAGCUGUGCGACUUUGGGGUCAGCACGCAGCUGGUGAAUUCUAUAGCCAAGACGUAUGUUGGAACAAAUGCUUAUAUGGCGCCUGAGCGGAUUUCAGGAGAACAGUAUGGAAUUCAUUCGGACGUUUGGAGUCUAGGGAUUUCCUUCAUGGAGCUUGCUCUUGGGAGGUUUCCAUAUCCUCAGAUUCAGAAAAACCAGGGAUCUUUAAUGCCUCUCCAGUUAUUGCAGUGCAUUGUUGAUGAGGAAUCGCCCGUCCUUCCAGCCGGGGAGUUCUCUGAGCCAUUUGUACACUUCAUCACUCAAUGCAUGAAAAAGCAGCCAAAGGAAAGGCCAGCACCUGAAGAUUUAAUGGGCCACCCAUUCAUCAUGCAGUACAACGAUGGGAACGCAGAAGUCGUGUCCAUGUGGGUGUGCAGGAUGCUGGAGGAACGGCGAUCCACCCAAGGACCACAGUGAACCAGACGG